CGCAUCGACUGUUUAGAAAAUAAUUAUUUAAAAACUUUAAAAAUUAAAACUACUUCGGUAUCAUUUAUAAAGAAUAUAAGAAGUUCCAUAAAAUAUUAUUCCUAAAAUAUUGGAAUUUUUUCUUUUACUUGGUGGUAAAAUUCAGGAGAUUCUUGGGAAAUUACCUAAUGAGAGGACAUUUUUACUUUUUCUGCUGACAUUCCACACGCACUACCAUAUUUUUAUUUGCCUUUUUGGAGUUUUGCUGUAAAUAAAAAGCAGUAAAGUAUUUAAUAAUUAUUUCCAAGCAAAUUAAAAGAAUAAAUAAAUUAUGGCAGUAACAGCUGCAUCUGGAAUUCCCGAUAAACACUGGCAACCGCCUUUUGUCGCACUAGAUACAACAAUGGGAGAAAUUGUUAUCGAACUAUAUUGGAAACACGCUCCUAUUACCUGCAGAAAUUUUGCUGAGCUUGCAAGGCGAGGAUAUUACAACGGCACGAAAUUCCACAGAAUAAUUCGAGACUUUAUGAUCCAAGGAGGAGAUCCUACUGGUACAGGCAAAGGUGGUAUGUCCAUUUAUGGGGAAUGUUUCGAUGAUGAAAUUCACGACGAUUUGAAACACACGGGAGCUGGUAUAUUAUCGAUGGCAAAUUCGGGACCAGACUCGAAUGGAUCUCAGUUCUUUAUCACACUCGCUCCAACACAAUGGUUGGAUGGAAAACAUGCAAUUUUUGGUCGAAUUCACACUGGUAUGGCUAUUGUUAAACGAAUAGGACUUGUCGAAACUGAUAAGAAUGAUCGACCAAUGGAUGACGUGAAAAUUGUCAAAGGUUCUGUUAGGAAUUCCUGAUUCGAAUAAUCUACUUUUAUUCUUACCUAUGCCUUCUUCUACAAAGUGUGUAAUCUUAUAUUUAAAAUAUAAUAAAACAGUUUUUACUUCACGAAAAUGUUGAACUACUUUACGAAAAAAUCAUAAGUAUAAAUAAAUUCAUAAUUACUAUAUGAGAUGAAUUCAUAAAAAUGCAGAAAAAAAGCAUAUUUUAUUAGAUAAUCGUGGGAAAAAGUGCAUUAUGACGUGUCGAGAGUGAUGUAAUUCUUUAGAAAUAUAUGUACUAUUCAGUUUG